CCGGCUCCACACUGCAUGCUGCGCAGUCAGCCUAGUCAACCCGGUCUCGCGCGUCUCCCGGGCCCUCUCGCCUCUGCAGUCUGCUGCACUGCCGGCUGCCGCGCGGAAAGGACGCCCAUGCCUCGCCACGGCCAUGCGCUGCUCGCCGCGCUCCUCGCGUCCGCGGUCGCCGCGGCGAGCGCGCAGCCGAGCUACGAUGGCUACGGCCAGCAGGAGCACGUCAGCACGGCCAUGAUCGCGCUCCUGGCCGCCGUCGUCGCGGUGUUCGUCUUCAUCGCCUUCUUCACCGUCUACCUCCGCCACUGCACCGGCUACGGGGCCAGGUCAGCCGACGGCGACGACCGCGCCAUGCGCAAUUUCGACGCCUUCAUCUCGCGGUCGAGGAGGCAGCGGCGGCCGCGCGGGCUCGACGCCGAGGUGGUUGAGGCUUUCCCCACCAUGAAGUACGCCGAGGCCAAGGCGCUCCGGGUCGGCAAGCAGGGCGGCGGCGCGCUGGAGUGCGCGGUGUGCCUCAGCGAGUUCGAGGACGAGGAGCGGCUCACGCUCCUGCCCAAGUGCAGCCACGCCUUCCACCCGGACUGCAUCGGCGAGUGGCUCGCCAGCCACGUCACCUGCCCCGUCUGCCGCUGCAACCUCGACCCAAACAAGCAGGAUACCAGUAGCGACGAGGAGCUCGGCAGUUUCCCUCCGAUUCCAGUGGCGAGCAGCAUCUCCAGCGAAACUGCGUUGUCAGGGCAGGGACCGCUACCAGUGGCCGUGGUGAUCGAUGUGAUCACCGAGGCGGAGGAAGAGGUGCGGAGGCAGGAGGCACUGGAGCUGCAGCAGAUAGGGACGCAGCGGCGAGCCGUGCGGUCGCGGUCGGGGCGCAAGCCGGCUCCGACGCAGCUCGCUCGGUCGCACUCUACGGGCCACUCCCUCGCCGUCCGGCUCGACCGCGACCUGGAGCGGUUCACGCUCCGGCUGCCGGAGCACGUGCGCAGGGAGAUGGUCGCCGCGGGCGAGCACCACAGCAUGCAAUUGCGUCGCGGGCGAAGAGCCGGGGAAGGAAGCAGCCGCGGCGGCCGAAGCGCACCUCUCGGCCGGCCGGGCAGAUGGCAGUCGCUUCUGGCGGGGACGUUCUCCGGGAAGCUGUCCUUCUUUUCGGCGUCCAGGAGGAUAACGGUUAGCUCCGAGCUGGGAGAAGUGUCGUCCUCGUCGUCCACGAGGGGGAGAGGGAAGCGCGUGGCCGCCGUUGAUGCCGCCGACGUUCCAGCUAUAGGGAGCGUUCGCCUUGACCGCAUCGGAGGCAGCGGCGGGUCCGGUGCAAAAGCUGGCGCUGCGUCGCGCGAGGUGGCGGCAGCGGCGGACGAGGAGAAGAAGGCAGCAGCUACGCAGCAGGUUCCCACGUAGAAUGGGAACAGCAGAUUUGAACGUUUUGUACAAACUAGCUUGAAAGCGAUCUUGUUUCACACGCGAAAGAAAUGGCCCUUUUGAUCUGCGGGCCAGGGAACAGGGUGGUAGUUCUCCAAAUUCGGUUGAAGUUGAAAACAUGAGAUUUACAAAUGCUAUUUUGCAAUUUUGUGCAGGAGCAGAAACGUAACCUACAGGCAGAGAUGUCUGAACAGAAGUUGAAUUUUCUGCUCUGUAUCUAUGCACUUUACCAAGUUGUGCAUUCGUGCUUCACUUCCUAGCGCUGAUCCUUUCUGUUGGUAUGCA